GGUUGACAUGCUUAAAUUAAACUUUUUGUUGGUUUGCUUGAUCACAGGAGGACACACACUCCAGUGGGAAGCGAGCAGCCCUGGCCAAAUUCUUCAAAAUGCGCUGGGCCUGAACGCUAAUUCUGCUACUUUAAAAUACUUCUGUAAAUUUGUAGUUCCCACCCUGCUGGGGCCUGAGAUUGUUAUUGGAACAUUAACUCGACAGAAGGAUGUUUGCCAGGGGGUUAGGUACAAUAGGUCUGGGAAAGUAGUUUCCUCUGCAGAAUUCUUACUCCUAACUUCAACUUCAACUGAGGUUGUAGAUUGGAAGUACUGUACCAAUCCUCCUGAUACAGCGAUCAACUGCGAUCUUCAGAACGGUCCAACAAAGGAAACCUUUUUAACAUUCCUAUUAUCCAUGUUAUCUCAUUUUCUCCCUUUUUUUAAGGUUUCAAUUGAUGGGGACUGCUAUCUUGGACAGUCAGUUUAUUCAGAUGGUAUUUGUCACGAAAGCCUUGGACCCAUUCAGGGUGGAGUAGUGAAUAUGGUGAUCAGAGACAAGGUGUCCAGGUGUCCUUUCAAGCUGUAUUUAGUUGCUGGAACUGCCAGAAAUGCUAAGUGCACUUAGAAUAUUCAACAAAAUUACAUUCUAUUAAAAUUGUUUAUUUUUAUAUUUUAUAUACUUUAAAGUUGUUAAACAUCAAAAAAGUCGUAUGUUUUAUUGUUUUUCAAGGCAAUACAAGCCCUGAAACGGGAAUUUCCAGUCAUUAUAUUUGUUUAACCUUGUCGAAAAUGUAUUUAAAACUUUUACUAUGUGAUAUUACAUAAUUUACUAAACAUAUUAAAAGGUCACCGACAUAUUAAGGACAUAAAGUGAUUCGAAGA